UAUCACUUUAUUGCGGCUGUCCCGCGUAAUGGAAUCUAUAUAAAUUCUAUAAAUGAUAGCCUUCUGUUACUGGGUUAUCGUAGUAUUAUAAAUCGUACCGACGUUAAAUUUUAUUUAAAUCUUUUGUUUAGUAUUUUGUUAUACCAGUGCACACCGUAUAAACCGAAAAGCAAUGUCGUUUUCCGCGGUAACUUGUGCAGCGGUGGCGGUUGUCGGAUUGAUUUUCGCGACCGUGGCGAACACGGAAGAAGUCGACAAUUUUCGCAUGUGUCGAAGUGAGUUAACCUACCUGCCACCCAUACGGCUGUUUACGUUUUUGUUCUUUUUAGGUAUGUACAUUGUUCUGUUUUGUUUUUUUUUUCCAGACACGCACUGUGAAGUGUUCGAUGUGUUCGUCAAUCCGUGCCCCGAAGCUUUAGAUUCUAAACCAUGCGAAUUACCUCAAGGCACAAACGCGUCAAUAGAAUUUAAAUACAUACCCAGUACGUACCUACAUGCAUACAUACCUACCUACAAAUAUACGUUAUAUGUUAUUUAAACAGUCGUAUAUAUUAUAAUAAUAGUAUGAUAAUAAUAAUAGGAAAAGCGAAUAGGUUACCUGUACCACAUUAUAAUACAUGGUAUUAUAUUAUUAAUAUAUGUGUACGCUGUGCGACCAGGAAACGCGAAACGUACGGUUGAUCACCGAAAUCAACGGUGCAUUCACUAUAAUAUUAUAUUAUUAUGUGCAUUAUGCAGUACUAUAUUAUAUGCAGACACAUAAACAAAGCAAAUGAUGACCCAAACAUAGGUUUUCCUUUUUUUUCUUUUUAGAUUUUGAGGCACAGUAGUUAUUUUAAAAACACUGUAUUUAUAAGAUAAGAUAUUAUGUUUUUUCCCAUUUCUUCGAUUAGUGUAAAUGUUCCGAUUUCUUCAUGCCAUACCUUAAUAGAUUUUGAAAUUCUGCGGGUUACCUGGGUAACAAAAAAAAAAUACACGGUUAAAUACUAUGUAACGUUAUACCUGUAUAUCUAAACAGGAUCGUUUUUUGAUUGCAAUAACUAUAUAGUAUAUAAACUAAAUCAAUCUUCUAAACUUCCCAUUUAAAACAGUAGGUUAUUUUUAAUUAAUCGAUUGUAUUACAAAGCAAACAAGUUACUAGAGCUGUGAUCCGAAGAACGUCACAGUUUUGAUUUGUAAAAAACAAAGUUACCCUUCGUGUUCAUGGGAAUCCGUUUUAUUUGAUAUUUAUACAUUUUCAAGUAUCUACCUGAUAAUACAUUUAUAAUUAAAAUUUAAGAAAAACGACGUUAAACCAUUAGAAAAGCUAUAACGACAAUCUUAUAAGUAUAUAUUCAAUAUUAAGUAGGUGUUUAAUCUUCGGGAUUAUAUUUAAUUAAUAGAUGAAAGACUUCAAUCAAAAAAGAAAUUACUUGCAGCUAUUAAGUAUUAAUCUCGAGUACAUAUUUAUUUGUAAUAAUAUUAUUUUAAAAAACUAUAUAAUUAUCAUUAUCUAAUUAACUAAUUAAGUAUACUUAUUAUACAUUCUUUAAACUGUUGAAAAAAAUUAUUAAUAAUACUCCUAACUAUUACGUUAUAUUUUUGGUAUUUUAGAUAAAAUAUAAGUAUGGGGUUUUGAUUUUGAUUUAUUUAAUUAUUAAAACAAACCAAGAAUAGACAAGUGAACGGCAAAUAGUAACAAGAAAAUAAAACACGGUGUAAAAAUUUAAUCUAAACAACAAAUUUUAAUAAUAUAAUAGAUUGAUAAAAAAAUAAAUGAACAAUAUUUUACAAAAUAUAGAUACGUAGGUAACUACUCGAAAAUGAUAAUGUUUUAUCUCUGUUAUAACAACUAUAAUAAGAAUAAGAAAAUAAAUAAAUAUAGGUAAUAUGUACUUAUUAAUUAUUUAUUUACCUGCCUGCGUAAUUUGUUUAAAUAAUUACUUCACCUGUUGACAUUUCUUAUCGAAUAAGAUAUAAACUACCUACUAAAAAAUAAUGUCAUUUUAGUAAUGAUAUAGCAAUUAAUUUAUAAUGGUCAUUAAUUAAUAAAAUGUUCAUUUAAGUUAUUCACUUGGCGUCUCAAACGUAAUAUUUUCGGAAAGCAAAGAGCACGUAAUACUGCUCAGAUUAGAUUAGAUGUUUAAUAAUUUAAUCGAAUAGAUUUUAUUCUGGAUUACAAAUUAUUUAGCACCUAUAUCAUAGUACAUGAUAAACGAAUAAUUUAAUUUGUUCCACGAGUUUAUGUUUUCUAAUUUAGUUUCAGAAUUUUAAACUUAAAAUGUAUGUUUAUGAUACAGAAUUCAUGCGGACAUUUAUUUUAGGUUUUGAGCGAUGCUAGGAAUGUACUGGUUUUUUCUAUGCUGUGUUUUAAAAUUCAUAUUUUAUUUUGUGUCCUUACACGUUUUUUCUACCAGAAAUUUUACUUCAAUCAAAAACGUUGAUAGGAACUAUCUUUUAGUAUGUUUAAUUUAGUUAAUCCAUUGAGGAGAGAAUUUUGUAUUGCCUUUGUAAUUUUCUUAACGAGUGGGUAAAACUGAAAAUUUGUAAUUGUCAAAAUCGUUUUUCUUAUCGGUUUGUCGUCAAACACGUACUGGCUCAUACCGAGUAUCGGGAAUUUUUCGGUGAACCCUUUUCGUUUCGGUUCUUUCCACUCCUAUUCCCUCAAAUUACCUAAUUUAAAUUUGUUAUUUCCUAGGUACUUAACAAUUUUUAUCAUUCGUGUUCAAAAGUGGACCCCGUCAAAUCGGAUGAAUGUCCUACACGAGACCCAUCGGGUAAAAAAAUAGGUAUGUUAGUUCUUAUACAAUGGAAAAAAUAUUUAUUUAAGUUCCUACACGGUAAAAAAAGUACGUUUAUGUUAGAUCCUACAUUGUAAAAAAAAAGAUACAAUAUAUAAAUUCCCUAGACCUAUUAUGUUAUUAUUAUAAAAAAUAAAAACUAUUAUAUUAUAAAAAAUAUGUUAAAUGUGUUCAAACGGAUAAAUACGUAAUUAAAAAAAAAAGUAUUAUUUGAUAUUUUAUGCGGUUUAUUUCUGAAUCUUAAAUACUAAACAUAAUAGUAUAAAUCAAUUAUUUUUGUAAUAUAUUCAAAAAAAAUUUUCUUUUAUGUAAUUUCCUUUUUCAGCGUAUGUUGUAUAUAUUUUUGUUUUUGAAUUGUUUUUGUGGUUCUUAUGUAUACGUAUUUACUUGAAAAAGCUUUAGUAAUAAUUUUAAAAAUAUUUGUAUGUUGUUGAUAAACAUUUUAAUAUUCCAAUUAUCAAAUCCUAAUGAAAUCUUUCACACGAGUUCGUUAUUUGUAUUCUUUCAGAAUAUCACUGCACCCAAAUUUUCAUCAUCAAAUCGUAUAUAAUCUAUUUGUAUACCUGUUGUCUAUUUAUUUAUUUAAUAUCUCAAUUUUAUUUGUUAUGCUCAGUAUUGUAAGUUAGGUUAGUUUAGUCGAUGUAUGCAAAAUAAAUGAAUAAUCUAAUCAAUACGAUGUAAUGUAGGAAUAACAGAUAAUUUUUUCCAUUGUGUGAAAAUACGCAUCUUUUUUUACGGUGUUGAAACUUACGCAUCUCAUUUUUAUAUUCAAGUAAGAACUUAUACAAUAUAUCAUUUAUAGGAAUUAACGUAUUUAAUUGUUUACCUACUAUUCUCGUGGAGGUACUUAUUUCCCAUUUAAUCAUUUCACAGUAUAAAAAUAAAACCUAGCGCGUGUCAAUUUAUCGUUGAGUACAGAUAUAAAUUAAAUUAGUCAGUGUAUUAUGUACUCCCUUCCAACUUCUCUCCUAAAACAGUGGCACACCCAUCAACAUUAAUCAGUCUUUUCUUAUUAUUAUUAUUUAAUGUCAUCCGCGCGCCCAAAUGACCGUGUCCAUUUGUUCCUUUUUGUGACAUUUAUCUAAUAACACCAUUAUUGAAUAAAAUAUCUAACUUAACAAAUUAAAUUUUAGAUUCCGAGUGUAGGAAAGUUUUACAACGAAGUGUUUUUUUUUUGGAAAAUAUUUUUAUCAUCAGUUAAUAUAGUCCAAUUAUUUCAUGUUAUACCUUAAGUGAUAAAGAUUUUUUUUAUUGUAAUGAUUUAUCGUUGUAGUUGGUAAAAAUGAUACAAUAUAUCAACUAAAUCAGCCUUUAAAUAUUAUCCUGUUAUCCCUAUAUAUAUUAUACCUUCCAAACUUACUAUUUAUAAUAGUAAGUACUCGCGGUGUGAAGUAUUUUAAUGUUGAGUUUUUUGAUAUUUUAAUAUUCGAUGUAGUGCAUGGUGGUUCUUUAAACACAUAUAGAAACGACAGUAUUAUACCUAAAUGAUAUUAUAUGGAUAAUAAAUAUACUUUCAUUCUAUACUUGUUUUAAUACGUCAAGUAAAAUAUGGUUCAAAUAUUAAUUAAUUUGUUGAUUUUUAAACAUGAGUUUAUAACAUCUUUUAUCUCCAUUGUGUUUACGGUUGUUGAUUUGGUUGACACGGAGAUGUAUAUAAUUAUUCUUAACUUCUUUCCUACGGAUGAUAAAAAUACGUCAUUAUACUCUUUAUUAAUGUAGACAAAAUGUAUAAAUUAAUUUGUUUCAUUUGUUGGGACGUGCGUACGUAUUGGUUGUAGAUAUUUGCAUGAACAUGUAUACGUAGGAGUAAAUCGAAUUAGCUUAAACGUAUUACAUAUUAUAAUAAUUACACAAUAUGAAUAAAUUAGUAUUUUAGAAAAAUAAUAACGUAAUUUACUUUAUUAAUUUUUCUGUUAAAUCAACAUAAUCAUACAGGUAGGUAGACGUAGUACAUUAAUAAUGAUAGUAUUAAAAUAAACUGUAUAGAUAAUGAGAUAAUUGCAAAUAUUAUUAUUCUGAUUACGUUAUGGGUUCAUAAUGCCUGCGAUUAUCCUGAUAAAUAAUAAUUAUAAUACGAUUAUUUAUUAUUAGUAUAAUAAUCAGUGUAUACGGGUUGAAAAAAAAUAAUCGAUCGUUUAUUAAUCAAUUAUUGUUUACUAUAAUUAAUUAAUAAAAUAAUAAACCAACAAUCAAAAUAUCUAAUACGGUGAAUAUUAUGAAUAACCUCAUUGAAAUUUAUAUUAAUCAUUUGUUCUUUAAUAUGUAUGUUUUAAUUUUAAAUAAUAGGAAAUGUAGUAAAGAUUAUAUGUGUAAAGGAACAUGUAUAAAAAGAAUCCGUAAAAAUUGAAUCAUAUUUUUAGUUCAACAAAUAGACAAUCAUUAAUUGAGUUGUAUCGGGAGUUUCAUUUUUAUUGAGUAUUCAGUUUUAUUAGUAGUAAACUCUGUAAUAAAAUUGUUAGAGUUAACAAAAGUGCUUGAACAUUUAACACGAGAUUCAUUAAGAAUCUAAUUUUGUGAUCAAAAAAAAAAAUUGUGUUUAAUGUAGAAUUUUUUUUAUAAAGGAAUUUUAAAAUAUCAAAUUUUGUUGAAAAAUAUUGAGUAAAAAUUGUAUGGAACAAUUAAUCUAAUCUUUUUUUUUUUUUUUUUUUUUCUGAACAUAUGCAUAUUGUUUAUUUAAGAACGAUGGUGAAGUGAGAAUUAAGUGGAGUUUUGACUAAGUUUAGAAAUUAUAGCUUUUUGAAGUUCUGAUGCUAUGCGGAUAUUAUAUGUUAUGUUAUAUAACUUAUAAUGUCUUACUAUAUUGUAGUAACUAUUACAUAGUACAUACAUAUAUAUAUAGUAGUAACUAAAUUGUUGUAACUAUAUUGCCCUUCUUAAAGCAUAUUUGCCGUGAUGUAAUGGUUAUUUAAGCCUAUUAUCAUCCAAAGGAUUCCGAAUUCAAACUCGGGUUUUGAACAAAGUGCAUUUUUUUCCCCUUUACCUAAACAAAGAAAAAACAAAUACAUUUGGCUGUACCUAAAAAUCCAAGCCAUCGCUCACUCGGACUGUUAAUCGCGAAAUACCCCUAGAUUUAUUGUGCAAAUUUGUCUACCAGAAAUCUUGCUCCGUUUAUCUAAUGUAGCUUAUUUUCUGAAAGGUAAUUUUAUCUCCACGGUAAUUCAGGAAAGUCAAUUUUUGAUUUUUGAGGGGCUUUCAUAAAAUCUAGGAAAAACCGCGAUAAAAUGUUAGAAAAAUGUUACAUGUACCAAAUAUAUUAGUAAAAUAUAUUGUGGAAUUUUUUUUCUGUAAACAAUUUUUCCACCAACAAUUUCGCUUCGAUUUAAAAUAAUAGCACUUUUUCUUAAAGAAAUUCGACUAGAAAGGUAUUUUAGGGAGGUCAUUUUUCGAUUUUCCCAAGAGUUUUCCUAGCAAAUGUGAAAAAACGGAAAAACAUGUGAAAACCGGAAAAAACGGGAAACUCUGUAUAGUAAAUUGUUUAAUACUUUAAACAAAUAUUCUUGAAGAAAAUAUUUAAUGCCUAUUUAAUUAUUUUACCAAAAUAUAAUGUAAUAUUGUUGACAGAGCAUCACUAUCAACUGAACUGCGCUCAGAAACGUUUUUUCGCUAGCAAUGGUUUAUACUUACAGAUAUACAUUAACUUACCUAUAACAGUGACUGCACCGGUCUGCAUUAUCCUAGGACGUUUGUUAUUUUUUAUCACGCAUUUUAUGCAAUUUAACACAUAGAACGGUUAUUACUCUGAGUCUCUGAUAUAUGAUCAAAAACAUAAUGCCGUAAACCAGAUUUUCAUAGUGGAAAAUUACUUACUAGUGAAUAUAUUCACUGCACCGAAAAUGAUAUCCAGACCUGUUCUGACUAUCAAGCUAAAUAAAAAAAACAUCCAAUAGGAAGACCACGUCGAUGUUGGACGGACCGAGUAAAAUAUAAGCACUUAAACGAUUCACAAGAAAUAGCAAGAAUUGAGGACGCAGAAGAUCGGGAGUUAGAUUUUUUACGAAAGCUGCGAAAGACUUAAAUGACACUAUUGUAAAGUAAAACAACUAUAUUAAGGGGUGUGGAAGCGGUGAUUUUUCGCAUUUAUUCUAUCGCACGCGUAAUAUAGGAAUUUAGACGCAUUUUCAUUUCAAUGUGCCGAUUGAUCUAAUGAAGCGAUAAGAAUUCUGUAAACGAAUUUGAUUUGUCAUCACGUUCAUUUGAACGGUCUCAAGUAUAGAGAGUAAGUUAAUCUCAAGUAGACUUGACGACAAAUUCAAAUCUGUUUUCAUAAUUCGUAUCGCUUCACUAGAUCAAUCGGUUGAAAUCGGAAUGAAAACACGUCUAAAUUCCUGUAAGUGGUGCGCAUGAUAGAUAAAGGCGAAAAAUCACCGCAUUCAAUCCUCUUAACGCAAUUAAUGGCUCAACUUAACAUAGGUACUUAUAUAUACAUAUAUAGGACGACUAUUUAAAUAUAAUAAUAAACAAUAUUUGCAAAUUUGAUGCAGAAGUACUGAAUUAACAUACAAUAUUAAUUAUAAAACUAUUAUUUGGAAACAGAGUUUUAAAUUAAAAAUUAUUAUUGUCGUUUAACAAAAUAUAAUAGCGUUCGCGUAUGACAAGAAGAAGAUAAAAAACUGAAAAAUAUUAUACACUGAUUACUGACACGGUUUUCAUUGAAUAGCCGUUUGAAUAGAAAACAUACUUUGCGUUAAUAGAAUUCGGUUGUAUAAUGACUAAUGCUGCGUGUACAUCCGUCGGCAUAUUUCACCGCGAUAUCCCCGGAUGCGAAUAAAAUUGCUGCAAGGAAUUCGGAUUGGGUUUGUUGUUUGUCGAGAAAUACAUACGCGAAACUUUAAACCCAUACUUCCCGUGCAGCAAACUACAAACGUACAUCAUUACCGGCCGACUAUACAAUUAAAAAUACAGCUAUAGAACAGCUAUAGCGUACAGCUCGAAUAGAAAACAAAUUGUUCGAGCUGGAUUUCAAUAUAAUAUGAUAUAAUAACAUAAUAUUAUAUUGUACGUGUUGCGUCUAGGUAUCGUUAAUGAAAUAAAAAAAAAAAAAUUUCAAAUUAAAUCCCCCCAGUAAAACUAAUAUAUUGUCGAAACAUAUAAACCAACACGAGGUAUAAGUAUACAUGUAUAAUGAAAACUGAAUACAUUGAAAACUGAUAAUAUUAUGGAGGUUGAUAUUUUAUAAUUACUAAAAGAUCAACAAUUAUCAAAUAGAAAUAAAAUCGUUGUUCCGUUAAAGUCGUCCAAUAUUGAUUAAUAUUCUUGAAGUGAAUAUAUUUUAUUUAUUCAAUUUGUAUUAUUAUCAUUUGUUUAAAUAACAUUUUCGAGUAAAUUCGAUAAACUUUAAUUUAUUUGAAUAUUAUAGUAGAGCUAUAAAUAAGAGAUAAACAAUAUUAUUAUAAUAGCUCUACUAUAGAGCUUAAGAAUAGUCGUCUAAACAAUAUUUUUAUAAUACAGUGAAAAUUCUCUAUUUCUGAACUUUUACUUACCUAAACCUAUAUAAUAUUUUUCAUUGUAUAUAAUAUAAUAUUAAAAUAACUGAUCGAUAGUUUUCAUUAUUGUGAAAAUAUAUUUUAGCACUCGCCGAAGUUCCUGAAAAAUGGGAAAUGAUCGGACAGAUGAUCGGUUUUAUACACGAUCCGAAUAAUUACAAGUAUACUGUGAUUUUUAUGUUCCUAUAUGUAUCAUCAAAUAACGUUUACGUAAACAACAAAUAGUUUACAAAACGAGUAUACUUAGGUAUAUAAUAUUAAAUUAUAAGAAAAAAAUAAUUCAAAUAUUAUAGGUUAUAGGUUCAGUAAACGCGUGAUUUCAUAAACCCCAUCCGCCUAUCUUAUACCUAUUUAAUAAAUAUUUUCACCAAGUAUUAUACCGAUUUUCACCACUUACUUAUACUUACUCGUACUUAGUUGUAACGAUUUUUAGAUCCCAACCACCUUUAUUUUUGUUUGCGUGAAAAAAAAAACACAAUUGUUGUAUAUUUAUACACGUUUACAUAAUUUCUGUUAAUUUUCCAAUCAAUUCGAACGAAAAUUAUUUUUGAAAUUAUUAUUGUCCGAUGGGUUAUACGGGACCGUUGCUAGCGCGUUUUGUGUUCCAAAAACAAACUUGGUGAAAAAUGUCUCACGCAUCAUAGAGUAGUCCGAUUUUGAUGAUUUUUUUUUUUUUUUUUGUUGUUGAAAAGAGGAAAACACUGAAUUUCUUUAUUAACUUUAUAAUACGUCUUUAAAAAGUAUAAAUUUUAAACUUCUAUUACCACAUAGUUUUACACAGUUAUUUGAAAUCAAAUGAAAAAUCGUAGUUCAAUGCGGUCAAUGCAGUUCUAUGCUAUAGAAUAUAAUUGUUUACCUAUUUAAAACUAUUUGCAAAAAAAAAAAAAUGUAAGAAAAUAUUUUUACAGUGAUACUCAUUAGUUUUCUCUAUUCCCGCGAAGUCAUUUUUGUGCGUAAAAACGGCCGUGCUUAUUCCCCCUAAACGGUCGUCGAGCAGUAGAUUUGUCUUGUGGUCUUUGGGGUAAUCAUUAAAAUCUUGGAUAUAAUGUUGAAUAAUUUCUAAAAAUGCCCUUAAAUCUCGUACUUAGUUAUUCUAACUGCACAAUUUUUUAAUCAAAUAUGUAUGUACCUAAACGUAUACAGUAAAACACUGUAAUUAUUAUAAUGUUAUGAUAUGUGUGUCCAUAUCUAGCUGUGUUUAAAAUAUAAUAUUAUGAUACUAAUACGUAAUUUUCGCAGAAUGGGGUUCGAGUCAGCCGGUGACCAGACUGUACGCCGAGACGCUCGUGAUGGAUUUGCCUUUCUUGGGCAUGGAUACGAACGCGUGUCUAUACACCGAGUGUCCAAUGGUGGCCCAGGCUACGCAAAUUUAUAACUAUAAUUUGUACAUAUCCGAAUCCUAUCCCAAAGGCGGUUACACGGUGAAGGUGAAGAUGUGGAAUGGCGAAUCAAAUGCCAAGAGCAGUGAUGAAUGUUGCUUCAAAAUCGACAUAGCAAUCGUUUGACGGAAAUCGAAACUUCGACACCAUCAGCAGUAUACAUACAUACUCACUAUACAUAAUUUCUAAUAUUAAAUAAUGUCUACGCGCACAUAUAUUAUAAUAAUAAUCCAUGCAUAAUAAUAUUAUAUUAUAAAUACUGUUAUCAUUGUAAUAUUUUUAUUUAACGUUUAACAGAACAUUUUUUUUUUUUUUUUUGCUUGUGUAAAAAAAAAAAAAAAAAAAAUGAAACGUACUGCGUC